AUGGCCAAGCUGUGGGAUCUGCCGUGCAUCUUUGUCUGCGAGAACAAUGGAUUCGGCAUGGGAACGUCGGCCGAUCGCUCAUCCGCGUCAACCGAUUACUAUACUCGUGGCGACUACGUGCCGGGCGUGUGGGUCGAUGGAAUGGACGUGUUGGCUGUGAGGGAGGCGAUUCGUUGGUGCAAAGAAUACUGUGAUGCUGGCAAGGGGCCUCUGAUGCUGGAAGUGGCUACGUAUCGAUACCAUGGACACUCGAUGUCGGAUCCCGGAACUAGCUACCGUACCCGCGACGAGAUUCAAUCUGUGAGGAAGACGCGCGACCCGAUCACCGGCUUCAAGGACCGCAUCGUCACUUCCGGCCUGGUCACCGAGGACGAGCUCAAGGAGGUUGAUAAGGCGGUGCGCAAGGAGGUGGAGGACGCGACGAACAGCGCUGUCAACGAUGGAGUGCUGCCACCGGAAGCCCUCUACGCCGACAUCUUCCACAACGACGAGCCGCAGACUGUUCGUGGAUGCACCGUUGACGAGACGAUCGUCCAGCCGUAUCGAACGACGAAGGAGAUUGUGCAGCAGAGGAAG